UGACACAACUUUAUGAACAGGCAUUCAUAUACUAUAGCUAAGGGUUUUUACUUAAUAAUCACAACCAUAGAUGUUUUGAAAAUGAAGAUUGCUACAAGAGUUGGGGUGUUAGUUAUUUGUUGCAUAUUGUAUAGUCUCGUGUACAUGUUUUUUAUCAGACCUGAAAAGAGUAAAGGCAACAGGUUACAAAGGGCAGAAGAUCUGAAUGUUCUUCAAAGACUGAAGAGAAUAGAAGAUCAAGUUCAUGAUUUAGCUCUAGAGGUCAGAAGUCAAAAAGUCAAAAAAGCUGCUGUGGGACAGAAAAUUACAAAGAAAACUGAGGUAAAGAAGCUGUAUCCGGAUUCACCGCUCUUCAGUUCAUGGGGAGCUGAUCUGACAGAGGAGGAACAGACGGAAGCAGAGAAGCAGUUUCAGGAGUUUGGAUACAAUGUUUUCCUCAGUAACAGAUUACCAUUGAAUAGAACAAUCCCUGAUACCCGAGACCCCAGAUGUUCUCUGAAGAUCUACCCUAAGGACUUGCGCAUUAGUGUGAUUCUGAUUUAUCUGAAUGAGGCUCUAUCAGUCCAUUAAAAGAGCCAUUCAGAGCAUCAUUGACAAACACCUGCUCAUCUGCUAAAGGAGAUCGUCCUGGUAGACGACAACAGCUCUCAUGAGGAUCUGAAAUUGCCUUUAGACAAAUAUAUUGAUCUAAUUAACAAAGGCAAACCUGGUUUGAUCAAGAAGGUGCGACACAAAAAGCAAAUGGGUCUCGCCAAAGCAAGAAUGUCAGGCUGGGAAGCGGCCACAGGUCAAGUGGUCGCCAUUCUGGAUGCCCACAUUGAAGUUAAUAAAGAAUGGGCAGAGCCACUACUUGCACGAAUCAAAGCAAACAGGACAACUGUGUUGUCACCAGUGUUCGACAAAGUGCUUUUUGACACACUGGAGGUUAUUAGCUAUUUUCCUGCUGCUCAUGCGUUUGACUGGAGCAUUUGGUGCAUGUAUGAGUCCUUCCGGCCAGAAUGGUACAAACUCAAAGACCCAUCAGAACCAGGAAAGAGUCCUUCAGUCAUGGGUAUCCUUGUCGCUGACCGUGAGUUCCUGGGAGAAAUUGGAGUUCUGGAUGAAGGAAUGACAGUUUAUGGUGGAGAAAAUGUUGAACUAGGCAUACGUGUCUGGCUCUGUGGUGGGAGUGUCGAAGUGGUGCCGUGUUCAAAGAUUGCACACAUUGAAAGAUCACAUAAGCCUUAUUCACCAGAUCUCAGCAAACUCAUGAUUCGAAAUGCACUGAGAGUGGCUGAAAUCUGGAUGGAUGAAUAUAAAUCCAAUGUGAAUAUUGCCUGGAAUCUCCCUCUGAAGGAUCAUGGGAUUGAUAUUGGUGAUGUCACUGAAAGAAAACAGUUACGGGAGAGACUCAAAUGUAAACCCUUCAAAUGGUAUCUGGAAAAUGUAUAUCCUCAGCUUGACAGAUGGGACGACAUAAUAGGUUAUGGUGUGUUGAAGAAUGACAUUCUUAAAAGCCAUUGCAUUGAUCAAGGACCAGUUCCUGGAAGUGUGCCUAUUAUCUUUGGUUGUCAUUACUACGGCCCUCAGCGUUGUUACUACAAACGUACUGGAGAAAUCUAUGUUGGCAGCAUUAAAUCUCACACUUAUAACUCUAAUCGUUGUCUGUCUGACCCUGGAAGUGGAAGCACGGUGACUUUAUAUAACUGUAAAUAUGCCAAGGAGAAAGGAAUGAGUAUUUAUUGGAACUUCACUCAGGGAAAAGAAAUAAGAAACAGAAAGACAAACCGAUGUCUUGAAUUAGCACAAGGACAGGAUACAUACUAUUAUCUAGUUUUGCAAGCGUGCACUGGACAAGAAUGGACAAUUCAACAAGCCUUUGAAGAACUAAAGGGGAAUUUCACUGAAGUAAAGGCAACAAAGUGAAUGUGAAGACUUGAAAACAAAAUGUAUGUCAAUGAGGAUGAGAGUAUCAGUAUGUCAGUCCAUAUGUGGGAUACAUUUGAUUAGAAUUAUAAGCAUCAUAUUUAUUCUCAUAUUCUUUAUAAUUAAUUUAUCAUUGGUGAUAGCGUUGCAGCAUUGAAUUGUUUUUGGUGGAAAUUCUUUUGGCACAGUACUGUGGGAAGGCUGAGAUG